AAGUUCCUCGGGUUGCCUUCUCAAAUCUCGUCCCCAGAUUCUCUGCUGGAUGGUUAGGUUUUUGCUUCCGGUGGACGACUGGCUUCCCCCACAACUCAGGCUGACUUUCAUUUUCAGAUCCUACUGCCUCAGCCACUCGAGGAAACUGGACUGGGGAUUACAGGCACGUCGCCAUGCCUACUAUGUUAACGGGGUUAAAUGCAACCUUAAGUGAGUCAUCCUUGCCUUUUCUACCAGAGGGCCUUGGAUUGUUUACCUAACCCUUCUCAGAUUUUCUUUUGCAACAAGGCCUCACCUAUCGGACGUUGGCCUGGAACUCGCUCUUCUCAUGACUCAGUCUCCUAGUGCUGGUGAUGCAGGAGAAGCUCAUAGUAAAAUGGUGUUAUAAAGGAUUUACUAAUAAACUUGCUUGGAAUUUAGCUAAAGGAGCCCUGCCUCCAGUGUGACUGGAAGAUGGUGUACUAACCAGGCUUUAUUAGAAACUGUGGGAAAGAAAAUUCUGUAACAUAACUGAAGUUUUGGGUAGCCAAGAAAUGCUUGUCAACCUGUGGGUCUUGAACCUGAAUUGAGACGCCGCCUCCAUCUAUCUCCGUGUGGGCCAGCUCACAUGCGAAUAUGCCCACAUUUGUACCCGGAACAGUAUUAAAGUAUCACAGCAUUAAGAAGGUUGUGAACCUCUGAAUCUAGACCCUCAGUCAUGGCUACAGAAAACAUGUGGUGCCCUGACCUAAGAUCUUUACCUGGUGGUGACCCGAGCCAGGUGAUUGGCUGAGCCAUCAGCGAUGUCGAUCCAUGACGCCCCCCGGAGGACACGCAUAUCCUGGCCAGCAGAUUGCCGGGCCCCUCAGAUGAGACCUGCUCCCAGACAAGCGCCUGCAGCUCAUCCUCCAGCAACAGCGACUGCACCAUCUGCAGUUGGCUCACCUGCUGCUGCACCCCGGCAGCCAGGCCUGAUGGCCCAGAUGGCGACCACUGCAGCCGGUGUGGCUGUGGGCUCUGCAGUGGGCCACACCCUGGGUCAUGCCGUCACUGGGGCCUUCAGUGGAGGUGGCAGUGCUGAGCCUGCGAGGCCUGACAUCACUUACCAGGAGCCCCGGGGAGCCCAGCUGCUGGCCCAGCAGUCUCCUGGACCUUGCUUUCUUGAGAUCAAACAGUUUCUGGAGUGUGCCCAGAACCAGAGUGACGUCAAGCUCUGCGAGGGCUUCAAUGAGGUGUUGUGGCAGUGCAGAAUUGCAAAUGAGGGCCAUCCCCCAAGAGUGGACCGUGUAGAGAAGAAGGUUAAGAAUAGAAGAUACAGUGAAGAAUUCUUACGGUAUGGUUUUACCUCAAAAACGACAGCAGGCGUUGAGAAACCGCAGUGUGUUAUUUGUGGGGACGUUCUCUCAGCGGAGUCUAUGAAACCAAACAAACUGAAACGCCAUUUUGACAGCAAGCACCUGAGCUUUGCCGACAAGGAUAUCAACUAUUUUAGAAGCAAAGCUGAUGAGCUCAAGAAAGCCAGGCUUGACACUGGCAGCAAAUACCCCAAACAGAAUGUCAUAGCCGUUGAGUUUUCCUACUUGGUGGCGCUCAGAAUCGCCAGGACUAUGAAGCCUCACAGCUUUGCUGAGGAUUUACUGUUGCCAGCGGCCAAAGACAGUGUUCGAGUUCUGAUCGGAAAGGAAUUUGGUAUGCAGCUGAGCGCGGUUUCCUUAUCUAAUGACACUGUCCGCAGAAGAAUAAAUGACAUGUCUGCCGAUAUUCUUAACCAGGUCAUCCAGGAAAUUAAAUCUGCUCCACUUCCAAUAUUCAGUAUCCAGCUCGAUGAAUCUACAGAUGUCACAAACUGUUCCCAGUUACUGGUUUACGUGAGGUACAUUAACGACGGCGACUUCAAAGAUGAAUUCCUCUUUUGCAAACCUCUUGAAACAACAGCCACUGCACAUGAUGUAUUUGACAGAGUUGGUUCAUUUCUGAAGGAGCACAAGCUCUCAUGGGAAAUGGUUUGUGGGGUUUGCACCGACGGUGCUCCGGCUAUGCUAGGAUGUCAGUCUGGAUUUCAGCGUUUGGUCCUGAACGAGUCACCGGAAGUCAUCGGAACUCACUGUAUGGUUCAUCUGCAUGCGUUAGCAAUGAAGACACUGCCACAAGACUUAAAAGAAGUCAUGCAAAGCGUCAUCGGUUCUGUCAAUCUUGUCAAGGCGAACACGUUAAACAGUCGGCUGUUUUCGCAACUGUGCAACGAGUUUGACGCACCCAACAAAGCUCUGCUAUUUCACACCGAAGGGAGGUGGUUGUCCAAAGGAACCGUUUUAAAAUGUGUUUUUGAGCUUCGUGAUGAACUCAGAAUAUUUUUUAGUCAGAAAGCAAGACCACAGUUCGUAGCACUUUUCAGUGAUCAAUGUGAAUUGCAGAAAAUAGCUUACUUGGUCGACAUCUUUGCUGUCUUGCGUGAAUUAAGUUUAUCACUGCAAGGACCAAAUGCAACAUGCCUCGAUUUGUCUGAAAAGAUCCAGUCAUUCCAAAUGAAGCUUCAGCUUUGGCAAAAAGAGCUGGAAGAAAAUAAAAUCCACAUGUUGCCUACCCUCUCUGCUUUCUUUGAGGAACAUGACAUUAAACCCUCCGGAAGGACUUCAGUGAUCGUUUCCGUGAAAGAGCACUUGCACGUGCUUGCCGAAGAAAUUUCCUGGUACGUUCCAAGUCUACCUGCCGUCCCAUUUGCCCUUGCUAGAAGUCCGUUCACAGUCAGAGUUGAAGAUGUCCCUGAGACGGCACAAGAGGAGUUUGUCAGACUUAUUAACAGCGAAGCAGUGAGAGCUGACUUCUCUGCAUUGCCACUUUCACGUUUCUGGGUCAAGUGUUUGCAGUCCUACCCUGUUCUGUCUGAGACCGUGUUGCGCCUCCUCCUUCCAUUUCCAACAACAUAUCUUUGUGAGACAGGGUUUUCCAACUUGUUGGUUAUCAAGUCCAAAUACAGACGUAGGCUCGCUGUGGAAAAUGAUCUCCGUUGUGCUCUUGCAAAGACUGCCCCGAGAAUUUCUGAUCUAGUGAGAAAGAAGCAGUCUCAACCUUCACACUGAUGUUGGCAUUGACUUUUUGCUUUUUAUGUGUGUGUGUUUGUUUGUUUGUUUUGUUUUUUGUUUUUCGAGUCAGGCUUUCUCUGUUGGAGCCCGUCCUGGAACUGGCUCUGUAGACCAGGCUGGCUUCGAACUCAUAGAGAUCCACCUGUCUCUGCCUCCCAAGUGCUGGGAUUAAAGGUGUAUACCACCACUGCCUGGCUGAAGUUGGCAUUUUACAGAUACUAUUACAAAAUGUAGCAAGUUGUUCUGGGUUUUGUUUCAUUCUUUAUUUUGUUUUGUUGGGAGAUAGGGUUUGUCUUUGUAGCCUGGCUGUCCUGGAACUUGCAUUGUAUACCAUGCUGACCUCAAACUCAUAGAGAUUCUCCUAUCUCUACCUCCCAAGAGCUGGAAUUAAAGUCGCCACCCAGGUACUGAUGUUAUAUUAAGACUGUUACCUAGGAGAGGUGGCUUCGAGGUUAAUAGUACUGGCUGAAUUAAUUCCUGAGUUCAAUUCCCAGCAACCACAUGGUGGCUACAGCCAUCAAUAAUGAGAUCUGGUGUCCUCUUCUGGCCUGCAGGCAGAACAUUGUAUACACAAUAAAAAAAGACUUACCCAUGAUACUACACCAUGAUUCAAGACAAAAUUUCAUUAUUUAUAACUGGAAAUAAAUAUUUAACAAUAAAUA